CUUCACAAGCCUAGUAUUUAUGAAGCAAUCAGAUCGUUGGUUUCUCAAUUGACGUUGUUCAACAGAAAGUGUUUUAUAGACUUGAACUUGGAUUUAUUUUAAUACGUUAGUUUGAUAUCUCAUGGAUUGUUUUUGUUCGAGGAAAUUCGGGAUUUAACUUUCUUCUAGAUUUAAAAUGAAGUCUUAUAAGGUAACGGAAGGAAACAACAGGAGUAUGGAUUCAAAUGGUUUUGCAACGUCUCAUGGAAGAAAACCAAGUGACUGUGAGAAAGAGAUUAUAAGUAACAAUAAAAAUGACUCGAAGAUUGACAAGAUCACAAAUAUUCUUAAUGACUUAUUUCGGGAAAAUAAACAACGAUUCAAAACAGUGAGAAAUAUUUUCUUCUUGGUCCUUUACCUUGCCUACUAUGGUUACGCGAUGUAUUGCAAUUUUGGAGAUGAGCCUUCUAUUCGUCUGACAGUGUUCACGGUAUUUGGACUUUUAUGCAUAAGCUGGAAGCAGCUGAGAAAUUUCGAAUGUUUCAGGACGGCAUGGAAAAUAUUUUGUAGAAGUGUAUACACACUCUAUUCAGUGGGCAGGCGACCGAAAAUUAUCCAGUGGAGUCUGUACUUUGUCUGGAGUGCUCUAUUUCUAGUUUAUGUCAUAGUAAAUGUCGCUUUGAAAGACACGAGGAAUUUGAUUCCGCUGGUUGGCAUUGCUGUAUUCAUACUUCUUAUGAUCCUGCUUUCCAACAACCGCAGAAGAAUAAACUGGCACUGUGUAUUCUAUGGUACAAUCCUGCAAUGCCUGUUUGGACUUUUCGUAUUGAAAACUACUGCAGGAACGACAACUCUGAUGUGGUUCUCAGAUCGUUUGAUAGAAUUCAUAAGCUAUUCGGAUGUGGGCUCCGCGUUUGUUUUUGGGCAGAAAUAUUUGGAUCAUGUAUUCGCAAUGCAGGUGAUUCCCUCCAUUAUCGUGUUUGUUGCUGUUAUUCAAGUGCUUAUAUAUGUUGGAGCAGUUCAGUUUAUUGUGAAGCUCGUAGGUUAUCCAUUGGCGUAUAUACUUGACGUGUCUGCACCUGAGGCAAUGAAUGCUUUUGCAAAUAUUUUGCUUGGAGGGGCAGAGUCAGGUGCAACGAUGUAUGAGUAUCUCUUCACGAUGCCAACAUCAAGGCUUUUUGCUAUUUGUGUGGGUGGUCUUGCUUCGUGUGCCGGCUCAAACCUAAUACAGUAUAUGGCGUUCGGAGUGCCGCUAAAAUACCUGUUGGCUGCGUCGGCUAUGUCAGCACCUGCAGCAUUAGUAUGUGCUAAAAUCGUCUACCCCGAUACUGGGGAAGAAGACCUUCAAGAAAAUACACCAGAAAUGGCACUUGAUACGACAGAAAGAAACAAAUAUAGAGUGUCUGUUUUAUCAGAUGAAAGUCCGAAAGAUAUAUUUUCAAAUACCAUUACCGAACAAAGCCCCGAAAAUAUUAAAGAAGCUGUACUAUUAAAUGAAAUGGAGGAUAAGUAUAGACAAUCUGAAAAGGAAAAUGGGACGGAAGGAAAACGAAGAUUUGUUGCACCGAAAAGUGUAGGUGAAGCACUAGUAGUUGGUACAACAAAUGGACUUAAACUCUCAGCAAGUAUAAUAGGGUUACUGAUUGUUAGCCUUGCUGUCAUAGAAAUGCUGAAUAAAACUGUGGAAUGGUUUGGUGACAGAGUCAACGUUCACAUUACAUUAAAUCUAAUUUUGUCUUAUCUGUUUUACCCAUUGGUGUAUAUAAUGGGAGUUGAAAGCGAAGACUGCUUACGAGCUGGUGAAUUCCUCGGGCUGCGUACAUUAUCCAGUCCUGUCAUUCCGUACAUUUACCUUGGACGGCUUAUCUACAAUCGACAGCGUUUAGACGCUUACACAGCGGCGUUCAAUGAAACAUUUACUUAUGAUAGACAAAGCGAUAUUUUCCUUCCAAACUGGAACAUGACUUUGACUGGAGGCAUUUUCUCGGAGAGGUCAGAGGUCAUAGUGACGUAUGCUUUGUGUGGUUUUGCAUCAAUUCCGACAGUUGGAAUAACAUUCGGUCUUGUUACGGCAUUUGUCCCUCACCGACUUCCGGAGAUAACCAAGCUCGGAUUUAGAUUACUUGUGACUGGAACAGUGGCUAGUUAUCUCACUGCAUGUGUAGCAGGUUUAUUGUCCUAGACGGUAUAUUGUCUACACGAAGGAGACCUCUGUAUGUUUCAAUACUUACUGUUAAACCCCAUAGGCGUAACUACAUAUUACAAUAACAGCUUAUGCACAAAAAUCUCUAAAUGAACAGAAAUAGAUUACGCUAACAGUCUGUAACAUUUACCAUGUUAAUACAGAAGUUUUAUUCUAAUAUAUUAGAUAAAACAAAAUAUAUAAUGUUCUAUUAAUAUUCGAGACGACCAUCAAGAAUGUUGUAGUAUGUAUGAAAAUUAUACAAAAAAGGAAAAAGAGGAAAAGAUUCUUCUGAUUCAUGUAAAAUUGUAGUGUUGAAUUACUGACUGAAAUGAAUCAGCUGAAACUAUAAAGUAGACAUUAAUAUACAUAAAUCUGGUACUUUUAAUUGUUUGUUCAGCAAAACGAACCUAUUGAACAGACUUUUCUUGUUUUAAUAUGUUCAAAUUGGUAGGUCAAGUAUACAAUGUACUAUUACUUAAUGCAAUAUUUGAAGUUUUAGUGUAUAUAUGGAACAAAAAAAGCACGUGUAACAAACAUCUUCCCCAUUAACAUUUUUAUUGUAUUAUACCAGUUUAAAUUAUGUACAUAUACUGUGACCUAAUGAUCAACUCAUUCGCCAAGAAAACUGCAGGUCAAAUGUUCGAGUUCUACUGGAUUCAUUCCGAUGUGGCCGUAGGCUUAUCCAAGAAUAGUUAUCAGGUAUCGUCCUGCUUUUUUCAUGGUAUUAGAAAGAAAAGGCAAGGUUGCCUCGUAAUCCAAACAUGGCUGGUCCAUUUAAAAAGCGGGACACCAAAACAUACACGCAUUUUCCCUUUAAUCCUUACACUAAUUUUAUAUUUUGAAUGCAAUGAGAGAGCAAGAGAAAUGAUACUGUUUAAGAGACAUAUUAUUCAACUUUUUUAAAUACUUUUGUUCAAUGCAUUUACACAGCUAUCGAGUUGUGUUGCGUACAUUUGAAUGCAACAAGAGCUGUCACUAUUUGUGACAAAUGCCCCCGAAGCAUGCCCAAGAAUGCUAGAGUUGUCUGUGCAAAAAAUUACACAUCAUUUCGUGAUAUUGACCUUGACCCGAGAGACCUGUGUCAUAAGCUUGACACACCUUCUCAAUAUGGUUAACAUUUGUAUCAAAUUAUUUUCAAAUCCCUUGAUAAUUGGCAGUUAUGGACCAGACAAAACACCUUUGACUUCUAAGUGUGACCUUAAAUUUGGAGCUAGGGGUCUGGUCUUGCAUAUUACAUGUCGUCUUGAUAUAGAGAACAUUUAUGCCAAAUGAUUUUAAGAUCCCUUCAUCAAUGGCAGCGUUAUGGACUGGACAAGAAACAGACUAUGUUAACCUUUAACCUCUAAGUGUGACCUUGACCUUAGAGCUAGGUCUCAGGAUCUUGCGCAUGACACAUUGCCUUGUUAUGGGGAACAUUUAUGCCAAGUUAUUUUAAAAUCGCUUCAUCAAUGGCAGAGUUAUGGACCGGACACGAAACAAUAGACCCUGUCAAACUUUGACUUCUAAAUGUGACCUUAACCUUGAAGCUAGGGGUCUGGGUCUUGUGCAUGACACGCCGUCUCGUUAUGGUGAACAUUUAUGCCAAGGUAUUUUAAAAUCCCUAUAUUGAUGGCAAACCAGAAUGACGCACGCACGGGCGGUCAGUGAGAUUAUAAAAAAAUAGAAAAAGUGAAAACUCAACAGGUCACUCAACACGACAAAAACGAAAAAUGUUGAAGGCUUGGUUUGGUUCAGCCUGUCCGUUAACGGUAGUGGAAAUGCAUGCUACCGGUCACGCCCUCUAGCUUCGGGUUGAGAAGAACUCAACACUUACACAUGCUACAAGUACAAAAACAAGUUGGAUUCAUCCGCAGAUGUGUUCAUACGGUGGUACACAUGGAACCUUCAGUGAUACACUAGUGGGUAAUUCCACGAAAAGCGGCGCUUAAAAAUGGGUUUGAAAGACUCAGUUCACAGUUUCUUGAAAUCAAAAGAAACAUACAGGAUUUUUUACUCCAAAUAUGGUUUAACUCUGAAUAUUUUUCAAUUCUUUUCUGCACAAGAACAUCUCUCUGCUAUGCUGUUCAUAAUAUACGAAAUUUAUUUUAGGCCACUUAUGGACUUUUCUAACUAUGUCAUUUUGACUUCAGUUGCAAUCUUCAUUCUGCUUUUGUGCCAAUGGGAUGUCAUACAUACCGUUGAACAUUAGAGUUUAUCAAACAUACAGUUCUAACCAGUGUUUUGCAUUUUCAUGUAACGGAUCAUUGAUUUUUUCCAUAAAUGAAAUGAAUUGUAAAGAAAAAGAAUAUCAGCAAGUUAUUUAACUUGUUUUCGACUCCAAUUUCAGGAAAAUGUGGCAAAUGGUUUGUUUUUAUGUUAUAUAUCAUUCAUAAGUGUACAUGAACAUUACUAUGCAGAAUAAGUUCGUCUCCGAUUUGUUUCCCUACUAUAUUUAUAUAUGUUAUAUUAUUGACCUGCCUGUUUGACAUUUUAUUCUGUAAUUGCAAUUGCUUUGUAAUUAGACAUCAUUUUAACAUUAAAACAUUUUAAUAAGC